AUGUUCAAAUUGAUUGUCUUGGUCUUCGCUGCUCUCUUCGCUUUGGCUGCUGCCCGUCCCAGCUACUUGGCUGCUUCUCCCGUUGUCUACUCUUCUCACUAUGUGCAACCCGUUGUAAGAACCCAUUACUCCGUACCUGUGGUCAAGACUGUUGUCUCCCCCGUAGUACACACCUCCGUUGUCAAGACCGUGCUCACCCCUGUAGUCCACACUCCCGUAGUACACACUGUUGUUACUCCUGUAGUACAUGCUGCUCCCUUGGUCCAUGCUUCUCCCUUGUAUCACUCCGUUAAUACUGCUUUGGUAUUCGCUGCUAUUUUCGCUUUGGCUGCCGCUCGUCCCAGCUACUUGGCUUCUUCUCCCGUCGUCUACUCAUCCCACUAUGAACAACCUAUUGUAAGAUCCCAUUACUCUGUACCUGUGGUCAAGACUGUUGUGGCCCCUGUAGUCCAUGCUCCCGUUGUGCAUCACUCUGUUGUCCACUCAGCACCUUUGGUUCACUCUGCUCACUUAGUUCACUCUUCUCCCUUGGUGCACUCUACUCAUUUAGUGCACUCCGCUCCCUUAGUGCACUCUGGUCCUGUUGUCCAUGCUGAUUCUUUGUACCAUUCCUACGGUGCUGCUUAUGGUGGCUUUAAGAACUAA